UUCUGUAUGGCUGACAUGGCAAUAUGCAUCCACAUCACUUAUUUUAUUUUUAAAAAUAUAAAAUCUAAUAUUUCUCUACCCCACUUCCCAAACCCUAAAACCAAUUCCCCUUCUCCCAUCUCUCACAUCCGGUUCUCCCCUCCCCCGCCGCCGCAAUCUACCCCACCGCGCCCCGCCCCUCCCACCGCUGCGAUCUGCUUCGCCGGACCACCCCGCUCCCUUCCACCGCCGCGAUCUGCCCCCUCCUAUUCCGGUCCCCUGAGGCGCGACAAGACCCCGCCGCACCGCCUUCAGCCGCCGUCGCGCCGCCCUGACAAUCGCGACCAGAGCAGUCCGCCAGUUGCGCGCUUCGAUUCGCUGCAGUCCGGUCCUCUGGGGCGCGACAAGACCCCGCCGCACCGCCUUCAGCCGCCUUCGCGCCGCCCUGCCCGUCGCGACCAGAGCAGUCCGUCAGUUGUGCGCCAGUCGUUCAACCUUGCCUCCCCGACUCGCCACUGUCCCUGUGCCGUCGUCGGAGACUCCUCUGUCUCGACGAACAAGGUAGCCACCCCGGGCUCUCACAAGUGAAAGGAGAGUCUCACACAAACAGGUAAACUCUCCAAGUAGCGGAUCCCUUAUGAGCCGAAUUCUAUCAGCAUUUUUAUUUAAUAAUUAUGUAGAGAGAGAAAGAGAGAGAGACUAAUCGUCGAGGAGGUUGGUGUCUUUGGGUUAUGCAGUGGGAUUUUCAAUGGUAUGCAGUGCAUUAGUGUUGAAUAAGAGAUGGAGAGAUGCCUAUUUUGUUAUUAUUCAGGAGAAACUUUGUUAUGUAGUAUUAAAGCUUCUGGUGGUUCCAAAGUCUUGAGUUUAGGUUAUUCUUUGUUCUUUCAUUUAUUUCAGUUUCUGAUAGUGGAAGCUAGGCAAGUAUUCUGAUACAGAUUGAUAAAAGACCAGUUGCUUUAAUGCCCAUGUUUCUUGGUGAUUUUGUUGUCCUUUCUCCUGAUUUUUUGUUAUCUAUUUCUUUAAAUGGUUUUUCUGCUUGAUUGGCACACACAUACCUGGCUUUGGUGAUCAUGGGUUCGUUCUAAUAUGCUGCUGGUAUGAUGAGCACGACUGUAAUCAUACUAAAGCAUUUUAUUUAAUUUCAAUUUGAUCACUGUAUCAUUCUUGCAAAUUACUUUGUUCAUGGCAUGAAUGUAUGUCAUUACCCUUGAGGACUAGAUGUUUUCUCUUUUUACUUCCAAAUGAAGAUGAUUGUGAAUUGAGUUGUUGUGCGGAUGCCAUAUGGUCUUUUAUUAAGCUUUUAAGCUCUAUGAAGCUCCUAAUAUGUUGUUAUGUUAUUAAUUUUAUGCUAACAUCGUAAUAGUUGAGAUGUUGUUGUCUUGCUGUUCAGGUGUAGUUAGCUGCACUUCGACAUGAUAUAGGUAAUGAUGUUUUUUCCCUUUCAUAAUAGUAGAGAAAUGUAAAAGGAUUUGAUGAUACUUCUUUUUCUUUUAAGUUUUUGGAGAUUUUUUUUUUUUUUUGCUUUAUUAUUUUGAGGAUAGAAGCCUGUUGUUCAAUUUCUUUCAAGGACCUUAGUAAAGUUAAGUACAUGCCAUAUGUUCUGGAUAGUGAUGAAGCUCGUGACAGUCAGAAUAUUCUUGAGCUACUGCGGUGGCUGGCGGCUAUGGGUUUGAGAAAUGUAUGCCUCUAUGAUCGAGAAGGUACCGUAUGGAUGACAUUGAACAAUUUGAUUUGGGAUUUUUUGUAUUGUUAUAUUUCAAUAGAUUAUUUGAAAGAUAUUUAUACGAUUAGUGGUUCAUUUUAUUUGUGUAA